AUGGAGCGAGUCAUCCUCGCCACUCUGCGGUGGGACACAGCAGCAGUGACCCCUCAGGACUUCCUUCCACAUUUUCUGGCAUCAGUGGAACAGAGAGGCGAAGGGGACGGCGGUGAGUCUGUGGAGGAACGUUUGUCCACCCUGCGGCGGCACAGUGACACACUCGCUGCCAUGUGUGUCUGUGACUCCCGGUUCCUGGGAGCACCUCCAUCACUUGUUGCUGCAGCAUCUCUCAACUGUGCACUGCGAGGCCUGGGAAACCAGGGGCCCUCUCAGCUGGCUCUCAUGAGUGAAGAGCUGGCAGAGCUGUGCCAGACUGAGCUGGCAGUGCUGCAGUGCUACAGUGAGAUGAUAGAGUACGGCCUCCACCAGCGGCUGAGGAGUGGGCUUCAGCAGGGCCCCACGGAGAAAGAAGAGGAGGUGGAAGAAGAUGAGCGGGCUGGGACCCCCACUGACAUGAGAGAGAUUGAUUUCUAAACACUGAAUCAGCUGAUGCGUAGCAAGUGUAAAUCAAUCGAAACGAUUCAAGUUCAUCAGUCAAACUGAUAUAAAUCGAAAAUGACCCCAAAAUGCUCAGACAUGGUUUUAUAUAUAUACAUUUUGAAAUGAUUGA